CUCUAUAUAUACACGCCCCUACCCAGUUCUUGGGUCCUCUCUUCCACCACCACAACAAAGCUUCUUUACUUUACAUACACACACAGGGAGAGAAAUUAACCAAGGAAUCAGCAGGCAGCUCUCAACUAGCCACCGUGGAGGUGUCCAAGCCGGGAGGAGGACACCCAACGGCCGUGACAGGCUAGCUAGCCAACCAGCUCGCCAUGGCUGGCGCCGACGUUGAUGUCGGGACGGAGCUCCGGCUCGGGCUGCCGGGAGGCGGCGCUGAGGCGGCCAAGGCUGCCAAGAGGGGCUAUGAGGACACCAUUGACUUGAAGCUGACUCUGCCCACAGGCGGCGUGCAGAAAGACUCCGGUAAGCCGGAGCCUGCCGCCGAGAAGGCGGCCGCCGACCCCGAGAAACCACCUGCUCCCAAGGCACAAGCUGUUGGUUGGCCACCAGUCCGAUCGUACCGCAGGAACGCCAUGACCGUCCAGUCGGUGAAGAUCAAGAAGGAAGAGGAAGCCGAGAAGGAGCAGCCUGCUGCUACUGCUGGUGGCAACGGGUCUGCCUUUGUGAAGGUGAGCAUGGACGGUGCGCCGUACCUGCGCAAGGUGGACCUCAAGAUGUACAACACCUACAAGGACCUCUCCAUUGCUCUGCAGAAGAUGUUCAGUACCUUCAGCGCUACUGGGAACGAGGGGAAAAUGGUUGAGGCAGUGAAUGGUUCAGAUGUUGUUACUACUUACGAAGACAAGGAUGGUGACUGGAUGCUUGUUGGAGAUGUCCCAUGGGAGAUGUUUGUUGCUUCAUGCAAACGCUUGAGGAUCAUGAAGAGUUCCGAAGCCAUCGGUCUUGCACCAAGGGCCAAGGACAAGUACAAGAACAAGAGCUAAAGAUGUUGCAGUAUUAAGAUGAUGAGUACGGUGCCAUAAGAAUGGUGUUCUUGCAGUGUGUUGUGGUUUCUUUAGAUAUAUGAUGUUUUAAUUAUUAGUUGGAUUAAAAGAAGGGAGAGUUGUCAUGUUUAAUUUGUUGAUGGACCAGAAGCAAUAAUCUAUUCGUGUGUAGCUGGAUUGGUGUUAUGUGAUGUUCCCUACCAUGUGUCCCAGAAUCUACUUGGUGAUUAUAUUCCAAUGUUGUUAAUUAAGUGUGUGUGAUUGUUAAGUAAAGGGCAUCAAUGAGACUAUUAUUAUUAUGGUACCUUGCAAGUUAACCUGUUUGUUAA